AUGCUGCUAAAAUACGACACAAGCGACUGUGAGGAAAUGAAACGGGUAGGCGGUUAUGAUCGUGUGGAAAAAAUCGGCGAAGGCACCUAUGGAGUCGUGUACAAAGCAAAAGAUAUUCAAGGGCAGAAAUAUGUAGCACUUAAACGUAUUCGACUGGAUAGCGAAUCGGAAGGUGUUCCAUCAACAGCCAUGCGAGAGAUUUCAUUGCUGAAGGAUUUGAAGCAUCAUUCGAUAGUGGAAUUGUUCGAUGUAAUCGUUAUUGAUUGCAGCAUUUAUAUGGUGUUUGAAUAUUUGGACAUGGAUCUAAAAAAAAUGCUUGACCGGCAUAAAACUAGCUUCACUCCAAUGCUUGUCAAAAGCUACAUGCACCAGAUGCUAGAUGCGAUUGCGUUUUGUCAUUUAAAUCGUAUUUUACAUCGUGAUCUUAAACCACAAAAUUUGCUGAUCGAUCGUUAUGGUCACAUAAAGCUGGCCGACUUUGGGUUGGCGCGCGCCAUCAACUUCCCAAUACGUAUAUACACGCACGAAGUUGUAACCCUUUGGUAUCGUGCCCCUGAGAUUCUACUCGGAACCAAGUUUUACUGCAUUGGUGUAGAUACUUGGAGCUUAGGAUGUAUUUUCGCUGAAAUGAUUUUAAAACGUCCUCUCUUCCCGGGCGAUAGCGAGAUAGAUCAAUUAUACAAAAUAUUCCGUCAAAUGGGAACUCCGAAUGAGAAAUCGUGGCCGGGUGUAUCGCAUCUAACAGAUUUCAAACAUGCUUUCCCUAAUUGGGAAGCGCAGCCGUUACCGGGAGAAAUGCAACAUGAUUCAGACGUACAAGCUCUGUUCAGUGAGCUAAUGCAAUACGAUCCAACUAAACGUCUUUCGCCAAAAAGCGCAAUGAGUCACCCUUACUUCGACAAUGUUUAUUUAACACCUCCUGUAUUUAGUGCAUGCUGAUGCAAAUGUGUUCUUUAUUAUAAUUUGCAACGAUGUAACGGUAUAGUUCAUCAUUAAUUUUAUAAACAUUUCAUGAACAUCCUGAUUUAACCGUUUUGUAGGAUCCAAUCGUUCCUUUCAAAUACUUAAUAACCUAU